UUGGGGGUUUUAAAGAUGGCGCUGGGUCUCGCCCAUGGUCUCGCCGCUGCUCCGCGCUUGUUUCUCCCGCGUGUUUCCCCCGCCGUUCUCCCCGGAUUCCCGGCGGGUUUGUGAUGAGCUUCCGGUUACCGAGCAGAGUCACCGGAUGCCUCGCGCUCACCGGACGGUGUUAUGGCUGCUGGUCGCGUGCAGCUCCGCGUUCCUGCUGUUCCAGCUCUACUACUUCCGGAACUACGUCAGCAAGCCCGGCCCUCACAUCCUGAGCCGCUCGGGUCACCUGACGCCCAGCGACGUCCAAUGG